CUGAAUUGGACACGGGAGUGAGGCGUGCUCUUCGCGAAGCGCCCGCCAAGAGCUGUUGGUUGCGGGAAGGGUCACAUGCGAUGCUCUGUGAAGCUGGAGGACGCACUACAGAGAUACUAAUUUAUCACGAUUCCCUAGGGCCUCCGUGAUGAUGAAACACUGAUUGUAUCGCCGUUGCUCGAAUAGCACCCGCACCGCACCGCAAGGGGGGCGGUCGCGGCGAGGAUCUCGAAGCCGAUAUUUACAGAAUUCUCUUGACGCAACAUUUGCACAACUAUCGAAUAUGAACCACCUGGCCGUGCCUCCUCAUCUGCGGGUUGCCCACGGCGGCAGCAUCCAACAACACGGCUGGUCGCCAGACACGACCACGCCCACGCCCACGCCCACCGGGUCUGACGAGUCAAUCACGACAACAACACUCGACCUAGAAGCCACCUUGGCCGCCACCUCAACCCCCCUCUUUUCGACGGGCAGCCCCACGGGCAGUAGUCCCCAGGUCCGCCGUCCUUCAACACCACCGGAAGCCCCCGAGUACAUCAACCACGAGAUCGCCACCCUUCUCCGCAACCCGGCCGGGCUCUCCCCCAGCCAAAUCGAAUGGGGCUACGUCUACCUUCUUACAACCUCCCACGACGGCACGCCCCUCGUCAAGAUCGGUUCUACCAAGGGCAGCCCGGACGCCCGCAAGCAGAAACACCGGUUGCAGUGCGGCGCCACCCUCGGCGACCUCGAGACCUUCGGCAACCCGCACGUCGUCUGCCGCUACCCCAGGCACGUCGAGCGGCUCGCCCACGCCGAGCUCCGGGACCGCCAAUACCCCUUCGGCUGCGCCUGCGGCAUCCGCAACCACCGCGAGUACUUCGCCGUCGACCCCCACGUUGCCCGGCGCGUCGUCGAGCGCUGGAUCCGCUUCUGCGACCAGGAGCCGUGGCACUUCCCCGGUCGUGCUGCUUCUUCCCCCACCACGGACGGCGGUUUCCCCUGCGAUCAUGAUCCCGCGGGCGGUCCGCGGUGGUGCCGGUCACCCGGCCGGUCACCUAGGCAGGGCGCGUGCCGCGGCAGGCUGGAGAGGGAGUGGGUGAACCGGCUGGAGCGGUAUAAGGACCGGAUCGCCGCGCCGACUCCUCAGGAAGACCUGGAGGCGAGGAUGGAGCUGUGGGACGAAUUCGUGGG